AUGGUGAAGAAACAGAGGAUGAAUAAUGAGAGCUAUAAGUUCAUAAUGAAAGCACUAAGUGAUCAUGAGAGGUUGGACGAAGUGCUUCAAUUGGUCGAUGCAAUGUUGGAUAAUGAGGCUAUCAACGUGAAUGAGGAGCUUCAGGAGAUAAACAAGGAAGAGGAGACAGGAUCUGCAGAGGGAAAUGAUGUUAAUGCUAAUGAGGCAGCUCCUGCUGCUGCAGAAUCUGCAGCGGGUGAAGAACAACUCAUAGAGAAAGCAGAAUCUGUUGAUGCAGAAGACUCGAGGGACGAGGUAAGAGCUUGA